AUGCCUUCAACCUUUGGUUUUAUCAAUGCUAAAUUGCUGUUUUGCCUCUUGGUAAUUUCAAUUCUAUACCAUUCUGCAUUUGUUACUUCAAAACCUACUGGUUUCAGUCUAAGGGCUGUCAUAGAUGAUUCUCCAGAGUCUCCAUUAUAUCUUAUUGAAAACUUGACUAUAGCCGAAAGGCUAGAAAGAUUGAUCAAAAUUUCCUAUGCUAGGGUUAAUUAUUUGAAUCUAGUUUCAAGUGGUGAUGCAAAGCUAGUUCCUGAUAAUAUUCGGAUACCCAUACUCCGAGAUGCUCUCUACUAUGCGGUAGCGUUUACAAUAGGAAGCCAAGGACAUCCAGUGAAGUUGUUGAUGGACACUGGAGGUGGUUUAAUUUGGACCCAAUGUCUGCCUUGCACAAAUUGUUUCCCACAAAAGCUUCCAAUUUAUAAUCCCACUGCUUCCACCAGUUAUGCCACACUUCCUUGCAGCCAUCCUCUUUGCAACGGCGACCGGAGACUCUACAAUUGUGAACAUGGUCGUUAUUGUGUGUACAAUGCUCAAUAUGGUGGUGGAGCCUCUACCAGUGGCAUUGCGUCCACGGAAGCAUUUCAUUUCUUUGUCGACCAACGUAGUACGCACCCGUUCAACGUCAUCUUUGGCUGCUCGUAUGAUAGUCGGGAUAUUGCUUUUAUGAACACUGAUAUUUCAGGGAUCUUUGGGUUAAGCUUCUCACCGGAUUCAAUGGCGUCCCAGUUUUCAGCUUUGAUUCAACAUCGAUUCUCGUACUGUUUAGCCCCUUUUGAUGAUGUAACCCCUCGUCCUUUGGUUUUAAGGUUUGGAGAAGACAUUCCACAACUGCCUCCACAAAGUGUUGGAUCAACACAGUUGAUAGCUUCUCCCACAUCUUAUUUUUUCUACUUGGGAUUGAAAGACAUAUCUGUUGCAGGUCAUCGUAUAGGAUUUCCACCAUCUAUUUUUCAGAUUAAGCCAAAUGGGUUAGGGGGUUUCUUCAUAGACUCUGGAGCUCUGUUCACUCAUAUUGAUGCUGAUGCACUGGGAGGGAAUGCAUAUGCUGAAGUACUAAAGGUGUUUGCUGCUUACUAUGGGUCAAAAUAUCUUAAACAAACCGGGGCAAGUCCAGAAGGAUUUGAGCUAUGUUAUGAGCGUCCACCAAAUUUUGAUGAAUUUGCAGCUUUAACGUUCCAUUUUGAUGAAUCUGUUUACACCGUUAAUGGGCAAUAUAUGCAUGUCAUUGCCCCUAAUUUUUUCUGCGUAGGAAUAUUAAAAGGAAGUUCGGUAUCUGUUCUUGGAGCAUGGCAGCAACAAAAUAAACGUAUCAUUUACGAUGGGGGAAGGGGUGUACUUGAAUUUGCUGAUGAAAAUUGUAUGAAUGAUAUUGCAUGAUUGAAUCCUGACAAAAAAGUUUA